AUGUUCUUCGCCACUAGCUGGUUGCGAAAACUGCAGACCGAGAAUCUGCAGACGUGGAGCCUGGAAACCGAAGAUCGGGAACGUGUGCUGGAGUGGCUCGUGCUAGGCAUUGUUGGAAGCACCAUCUACAAAGACGAAGGUGUCUGGAUGUCCAUCAUGGCCGUGGACUCGUGCCACGAUGCUGUGCUGGGCAUUUUGCUCGCAAGCAGAGCAUACAACUUCGAAGCCGCACCUUUUAUCGUAAUCACGGCCGUGGUCGCUCGUCCGGACGUACAACAACUGGAAGCGGCAUGGAGCGAGCCCAAUCAGCUUGUGCCGGGAAACGAGAAGUUCGAGCCUUUGGGAUUGCUGAAAUGCUAUCGUGUACAUGUAGGACACGAUUAUUUUCCGCAUCAGGGAUAUGCUUGUUACUUGUCGAGGGAGCUGGGCCAGGGAGCUCGCCUUUGGCGAUGCGAACGAGGUGGUCUCCUCAAGUGGAUGGUCACUCGGCCAGCUGAGGUCCGGGCCGUGGCAGUGUCCUUGACCGGCCGGCUGAGGUUUGGGUUUCUGGUUGUCCAGGCCCGGAUGCUCUCCGGAGCACAAGUCUGGUCCGGCACGUACCCGGCCGAGCAAGACGUGAAAGUGUCGGCUGUGAGCACCGCCAUCCGGCGCAGCAUGCUGGUGGCUGGUCGCAUCCAGUCGACACACGUGUUGAAGGUCAUGGGCCACAAGCUCCUUGUCCACGGCCGCAAGAUUUGGAGCUGCAACUGGUCCAAGACCAUGGCAGCCAAGAAGCUGCCCAAGAAACGGCUUUUUCGAAAGACGGAUCCGAGGUUUCUCCGUCUGGCCCAGUCCGUGCCACUGUUUUGA